ACAAAUGCUUGUGCUAUGAACGUGUGAGAGUGUUUCUGGUGUUUUGGUUUCAAUUUGGUGCAACCAAUGAUGUUGAGGAGGAGUUCUAUAUCCUCCUUGUGUUCCCAAUUCCUCAAAUCUUCUUAUUCUCACAACCUUAAUUAUGCGCGUUCAUCUUCAUCUUUAUCUUCCUCUUCGAAUCCGCAUCUCAUCACUUCUUCUGCAACUGCAAUUCAUAUCUCUUCCAAAGCUAACACCGAUUUUGCGUCGUUGAGCCGCCACUAUGGAAGGUGCUAUUGGGAGCUCUCCAAGGCUCGUCUCAGCAUGCUUGUGGUUGCAACAUCUGGGACUGGAUUUGUCUUGGGGAGCGGUAGUGCUGUUGAUUUUUCAGCACUUUCUUGGACUUGCUUGGGUACCAUGAUGGUUGCUGCAUCUGCUAACUCUUUGAAUCAGGUGUUUGAGAUCAAUAAUGAUGCUAAAAUGAAGAGAACGAGUGGAAGGCCACUACCCUCAGGACGAAUCACAAAGCCUCAUGCAAUUGGCUGGGCGUCCUCUGUUGGAUUAGCGGGUACAGCUCUGCUAGCAACACAGACUAAUAUGUUAGCUGCUGGGCUCGCUGCUUCCAACCUAGUCCUGUAUGCAUUUGUGUAUACUCCCUUGAAGCAGAUUCAUCAUGUAAAUACAUGGGUGGGAGCUGUUGUUGGCGCUAUUCCACCACUUUUGGGAUGGGCUGCUGCUUCUAAUGACAUUUCACUAAAUGCAAUGAUUCUUCCAGCUGCUUUGUAUUUUUGGCAGAUACCACAUUUUAUGGCCCUAGCUUAUAUGUGUCGCAGUGACUAUGCUGCUGGAGGGUUUAAGAUGUAUUCUCUUGCCGAUGCAUCUGGGCGGAGAACAGCAUUGGUGGCCUUAAGGAACUCUAUAUAUCUAAUCCCUUUGGGGUUCUUGGCUUAUGAUUGGGGCGUGACUUCUGAAUGGUUUUGUCUGGAGUCCACGGUACUUACACUUGCAAUAGGCGCUGCAGCAUUUUCAUUCUAUAGAGACCGUACCAGAGAAAAAGCAAGGAGAAUGUUCCACGCUAGUCUCCUUUAUCUCCCCGUGUUUAUGACUGGGCUUCUGAUUCACCGUCGCUCCAAUAGCGAACAAUUCUUAGAAGACAAUGCAAAGGGUUUUGUGAAAUCUGCACCUUCUAGGGAAGCAUUAGAAUUGGAUGAUAAUAAUGAUAAUCAGAAUAUCAAGGCCAAGCGUCCAUAUUGGACUGAAUCACGUCCUCCUGUAGCAUAUGCCUCUGUUGCUCCAUUUCCCUUUCUGCCUGCUCCUUCAUAUUGAUAACUAUUUUCUGGGCCAAGUUUUGUUUGGUUGAUUCCAUAAAUUUAUUGAAACGGUAUUCUUAUUGGUGUUUAAGCUGUUAACCUUGUUUUAUGUUCCACACCAUGAAAAUUGCAGACGCAUCUGUGAUCUGAAAUAAAUGAGAAUUUGCUUCCCGAACAGUGUAUAUACAACAGUGUAUAUACAAUCAUUUUUUUUUUUA